AUGUUUACCCAAGUACUUGUUUUAUUAUCCUUUGCCAGUUUUUUGGCCGCAACUCCUGGUGCUCAGCGAAUCAUUGGCGGGGAGGACAUUUCAAUUGAGAAGGUGCCCAGGCAAGUGUCCUUACAACUCGGAGGGAAGCACAUAUGCGGUGGUUCAAUUUAUAAUGAAUCCUACAUUAUAACGGCUGCCCACUGUGUUGAGUAUCCAGCGGAGUAUUAUAUGGUUCGUGCAGGAUCCUCCAAGCAUAACAGUGGGGGUGUCCUUGUUCAAGUGGCGGGAAUCAAAUAUCAUGAGAACUUCAUCAGAUGGAGUACAGAAAAUGAUGUCGCUGUAAUUCGAUUGGAAGCCCCAUUGCCCAUAGGGGACAACAUCAAACCUAUACGACUGGCAGAAGAAGAUCCUUUUGAGGGAUCUCCAGCUUUAAACACCGGCUGA